AUAAACUUUAACAAAAAUGUAGAUCUAAAAUUAAUACUACGACAUAAAAAUUUUGGGGCAAUUUAUAUUAUUAACACGAAUUAAUUAACGACUUUUAAAAUAAUUUUUUUUGUUAUAAAUAUAAAAUGGGCUUUGAUUUAAAUCCCAUCCAGAGAGGAAAAACCCUGUUACAUUCAUUAGCUAACUAACACGAAUCGUGCCGAUUUUUUUAUGAUAUAUUUAUAGGCUAAAAUUUUUUUGAUUACAAUUUUUUUGAUUAUACUCCUUUGCUUUCUUUUUCUUCUUUCCCUUUUUUUCAUUUAAAAAUGAUAUUCACAUUAUUAGCAUCAUAUCCAGUGGCAUUAAUUUAUAAACGUUUACCACAUAAUCCAAAUCUUAAACACUUGUUUUCUAUAAUUAUAGCAAUUAUAGUCUUAUUUGAAGUUUUCGAUUUAUCAAAUGCUUUUUAUGUGAUGUUAGGAGGUUCUUUGAUUUCUUAUGCUAUUAUAUAUUUUGUUAAAGGUGUUUGGGGUCCAAGACUUGUUUUCUUGUAUGCUUUGGGACACUUGAGUAUUAAUCAUAUAUACCGGCAAUUUAACCACAUAACAUAUGAUAAAUAUGAUACCACAGGUCCACAAAUGGUGUUGGUCAUUAAAUUAACAUCAUUCGCAUUCAAUGUAUUUGAUGGUCGUAGACCUAAUAAGGAAUUAACACCAUAUCAAAGAAGCAAAGCAAUUACUUCAAUGCCAUCAAUCUUAGAAUAUUUAGGUUAUAUAUUCUUUUUUGGUGGAUUUAUGGUUGGACCAGCAUUUGAAUUUAUGGAUUAUCGCCAAUUCACUAAUAUGGAAAUGUUCCGUGUUGAUGAAAAAACCAAAAAUCAUUUACAACUUAAACCACUUCAACUUGUAAAUGAACAUUUUAAUAAAAAAUCAGAUAAUGUUACGGGCGGACCAAUAAAAUACUAUGUACCAAAUGGAAUGAUUCCUGCUAUGUGUAAAUUAGGGUUCGGUAUUUUUUUUAUUCUUUGUAUUGUAACAUUUGGAAAUAAUUAUUCAGUGGAUUGGGCCUUAAGUGAAGAAUUUAAAAAUACAUCUUUCUUUAAUAAAUUAAUAUAUAUACAAAUAGCAUCUUUCUGUGCUCGAUUGAAAUAUUAUAUCGUUUGGUUACUUGCUGAAGGCGCAUGUAUUCUCUCUGGAUUAGGAUUCAAUGGAUAUGAUGAUCAUGGCAAUGCAAAAUGGAAUCGCGUGACAAAUGUUGAUAUUAUUGCGUAUGAAACGGCCGAUAACAUCAAAUCUCUUUUGGAUACAUGGAAUAUGAACACAAAUAAAUGGUUAAAAAAUUAUGUAUAUCUUAGAGUAACUCCACCUGGAAAAAAACCAAAUUUCUUUUCAACCAUUGCUACUUUUGGAACGAGUGCUAUUUGGCAUGGAUUUUAUCCUGGAUACUAUCUGACUUUUAUAAGUGGAGCAUUUGUUCAAAGUGUUCAUCGAACACUUCGUCGUAAUAUUCGGCCAAUUUUCUUAACACCGAAAUUUUCGUCAUUAAAACCAUUAUAUGAUUUUUUUGGAUGGUUAUUCACACAAACCAUGAUUCAUUAUGUUGUUAUACCAUUUAAUAUUCUUUCGUUAAGAAAUACUUUAACUAUUUGGAAAUCACUCUAUUUCUAUGGACACGUUGCAAUUAUUUUAGUUAAUGCAGCAUUUUGGUUAGGUUUUAAUAAAGUAAUUGCUAAUAUUGUUGACGAAGAUUUAAAGAAAAAGAAAGGACAAGUUAAAAAAUGGAAAGUUGAAAGAAAAGAACGUGAUGGUGAAGGGAAAGUUGCUAUAAAUGAAACUGGCAUACCAUUAGAAUUUGACAAUAGUUCAGUUUGUCUUGAGAAGGAAGAAUAAUUUAUUUCAGUGAAUAUACAAUAAGGCUGAGUAACAGUAUAUUGGUACACGCGAAGAAAUUG